AUCUUUGAUAAAUAUAAUGUGCAAUUAAUGCAUUAAACAUGACGACAGCUAGUGAAAACGAGGACCUUAGCGAGAAUGAUUUGGAAUCGUUUACAUUGCCCGAAACCGUGUUAUGUGUUGACACAAUUUGUGGUAUUUGUUAUGCCGAAUUCCUCGAUGAAGAUGAUUUGAAGCUACAUAUGGUACAACAACAUACAACUGAGGAGACCAGAUCUAGAUGCUGUAAAUUUUGCUCGUACAUAUAUGCAAGUUUAGAAGAAUAUGCGUCACAUAUUAUCAAUGUUCAUAUUCUUGAUUUAAAAUGUUGUAAAUACUGUCUUCGUGUAUUUACUAUCACCCAAGAUGUAAGAGGACACGAAAAGAAGCAUUUGUCUUCUACUUCGACGUUAGAAUUGAGGUGUUCCAAUUGUAAAUUGACUUUUAAAAAUACAUUAAGUUUGGAAUUCCACGAAUAUUCAAAACACUCUGAUAUUAAAGAUGGAGUGAUAUUGAGAGAUUGUUAUUCUCUUCUAUCUUCUUUCUUAAACAUUAAUGCUGUUAUAUAUCUCAAAUCUUUAGGAGAUACCCAAGAAUAUAGAUGUGUUAGCUGUGAUUUCUUAACAUCUGAUUUUGAUUAUUAUAUACAGCAUUUAGAGCGGAAAAACUGCAGAUGUUUAGUCUGUGAUAAAUGCUGCCAUGUUUUUAAAGAUAUGAAAAGUUUAACAAAACAUUUAAGAGCUAAUAAUUGUAAUAAUGAAGUUUUGAAUUUGCCAUGUAAAAAAUGUCUGAAAAUGUUCACUUUUAAUGAAAUCGAAGAGCAUACAAAUAUUUGCAAUGCAGUAAAAUGCCAAUCAUGUGAUGCUGUGUUUGAUUCAGUAAAGGAACGAGCUGAUCAUCAGAGUGAAGUCCAUCCUUUGAUGUUCUCUAUCAAAGAAUGUAAAUAUUGCCGUCAAGAAUAUGUCGGUCAAGAAGCUUUAGAGAAACACAUAAAGAGAACACACGAUAAAAAAUUGCACCUUUAUAAAUACUUUUGUGUUUACUGUGAUGAUACAAUUUUCGAUCAUCCGAAAAAGUUGUUCAGCCAUUUCUUUAGGAAGCAUAGAAACUUAGAACCUUUUAAAUGUAAAAUAUGCGAUAAAACUUUUAGAUUGAGAAAGAGUUUCACUUUGCAUAUAAAAUUGAAUCAUUUAAGUGUUGGGAAUGUUAAAUUUGAUGAUAAAUAUCAUGUAAUCUUUGAACAAAACAAUUUUUCAACUAAGGAAAUUAGCAAUAAUCACCAAAAUACAACGGAAAAACAAAAAACAGAUAAAACUGAGCCAAUAAAUAAGAAUGAUUUAAAAUCUACAGUAGAACAAGUGAAAGAUCCACAAAAAGAUAAUGUUGAGUUUGUUUUGUGCCCAACAGAAAAUGAAAGUGAUCAAUUUGAUAAAGAAAAGAGUAAGAAGGUAAAAGAUAAGACACUGCAAGGAGACAGUGAGAUAGAUUUAGUUUUAUGUCCUACAGAUAAAGAAACAGAUCAAUCAGAAGUUAAGAAAGGAAAGAGACUGAUUAAAAGAAAACGUAAAAUAAAAAGUAAAGAUUUAGAAGAAUGCAUCGAUUUAACGUUAGAUGGAUCUGAGGAUUCGGAUGAUGAACCUCUAAUCAUAAAAAGACGACGCGCGAAAAUGCGAGUUGAUAAUAUCAGGUUUCCCAAAUGGCUGGAAAGGUCUAAACUGCUUAAAAGGAAUCGAGAGAAAUUCACUUGCAAAAUAUGCAAGAAAUAUUGCUACACAUAUCAAAAUUUUCAACAUCACAUGACUCUACAUAAAAAUAACUUAAAUAAGAAAUGUAUUAAAUGUCCGAAAGUUUUUAAAACUACUGAAAAAUUAAAUCAACACAUCACCAAGAAACAUUCGACUUCAAAACUAACGGAAACUCUAAAGUAUGUUCUAGAAAGACGUAAACAAAUCAAUUGUCCUACAGAAAUUAACCCUAUUACAAAGGAAAGAAAAUAUGCUAGUGAAUUAUUCGCUAAAACAAUCAAAAAGGUUAAUAUUAACGCAAGUGAUACUUCAGUUAAAAUAAAACCCGUGAUAGAUAAAUUAUCAGUCAGGAAAUUUAUUGAAAAUUUCACACCAGAUUCCAAUGGUAUCAAUUGCAAAGGAAAUACAAUUUAUAUCAACAAUAGUCUUACAAUAAAACCGAUCAUAGCGCCUGAAAAACCUCCACUUAUCAAACUAAUUAAAUCAAAAUUCAAUGAACCUGUAUUCACAAAAUUAAAACAACCAGAAAGAUUCAAAACUAAAGGUAACGUGAAAUAUGAAGUAUCUAUAAAAAUAGCGGAUCCUGAUGCUAAACCUAAGAUGAAUUUCGAACAAAGGGAAGAAUCUAUUGCUGAAACUACAGCAUUCGAAGAUUUUGAAGAUUCAAUGGAUCGAAAUAUACCAGAAGUCGCAGAGGAAGUAAUGUUAGAGGACACUAUAGAAUCGAAAGCUGAAAAUGAACCUAACGAGAUACAAAACGAUGUAUCAAAUGUUCUUGAAUAUAAAGAUUUUCAUUUAGCACAUUUGACUUCACAAGCACCAUACUACAAGAUAGUCAAAAUAAAAGAUGUAGUGAAAAAAACUAUAAAUGAACCACAGGAAAAACAAAUUAAGUUACCCAAUGGUACUAAACUUGUGAGCGUAAAUCCAUUGGCACACCUUCUUGAUGGCAAACAGAUCAACUUACAAACGAAUAAAUAUUAUACACCUAAAUUAGUUAAUGUCGGGAAAGCGGUUGCUAGCGCUUUAUUAAAGAACGCAAUGAAGAGACCGCCGAAAGUGAAAAAGUCGAAAAAAACUAAGAUAGUUAAUGAACAAUAAAUAUAUAACUUAUUGUUCGGCUGAAAGGAGAUUUUUCCUGGAAUUUUAUAUUGGUAUUAAAUUUGAUUUAUGUUUGGCAGUAUGACCUUAUAAAAGUCUAGCCAUAAAAAACUUAUUAUGUCAAAUACAUUUGAGCUUAUCUUAUGCCGGAUGCGGAUUUUUGACAAAUCAUGAAUAUUGGGAUAUGCGUGGGCUUUAGAAAUGCGAUAUUCAAAAAAAAACUUAUACUGGAAGCUAGAAGCAGUUUUGGUGAUCCAUAUUUAAGUGUAAAACAUACUUUUUUAUAACCACGUUGACGUCUAUAGUACCAAUC